AACCGAGCGGAGCUGGUUGAGCCUCCAAAGUCCUAAAACGCGCGGCCGUGGGUUCGGGGUUUAUUGAUUGAAUUCCGCUGGCGCAGGGUCCUCUGCAGAGAGAGAAAAAGAGAGAGCGCGAGAGAUGGAUAUGGACAAAUGGAUUUAUUUAGAGCUGCGGAACAGGACGCCCUCUGAUGUGAAAGAACUCGUCCUGGAUAACUGUCGGUCAAUUGAAGGCAAAAUCAAAGGCCUCACAGAUGAAUUUGAAGAACUGGAAUUGUUAAGUACAAUCAACGUAGGCCUCACCUCCAUUUCGAACUUACCAAAGUUAAACAAACUCAAGAAGCUUGAAUUAAGCAAUAACAGAAUCUCAGGGGACCUGGAAGUAUUGGCAGAAAAAUGUCCAAACCUUAAUCAUCUAAAUUUAAGUGGCAACAAAAUAAAAGACCUCAGCACAAUAGAGCCACUGAAGAAGUUAGAGAAUCUCAAGAGCCUAGACCUGUUUAACUGUGAGGUGACCAACCUGAAUGACUACCGAGAAAAUGUGUUCAAGCUCCUGCCCCAGGUCAUGUACCUCGAUGGCUAUGACAGGGACAACAAGGAGGUCCCUGACUCUGAUGUUGAGGGCUACGUGGAGGAUGACGAUGAGGAAGAUGAAGAUGAGGAGGAGUAUGAUGAAUAUGCCCAGCUAGUGGAAGAUGAGGAGGAAGAGGAUGAGGAAGAAGAAGGGGAGGAAGAUGUGAGUGGAGAGGAGGAGGACGAUGAAGAAGGUUAAAACGACGGGGAAGUGGAAGAUGAGGAAGACGAAGAGGAGGCUGGUGAAGAAGAAAGGAGUCAGAAGCGAAAACGAGAACCCGAAGAUGAGGGUGAAGAGGAUGACUAAGGGGAAUUAACCUGUUUGGGAAAAUUCCUAUCGUGAUUUGACUGUUUUUACCCAUAUCCCCUCCCCCCUCCUAUUCCUGCCCCCCAAAACUUAUUUUUUUCUGAUUGUAACGUUGCUGUGGGAAUGAGAGGGGAAAAGUGUACUGGGGGUUGC